AUGAAGUUCUACAUGAGAAAGGACAGCUGUGUUGGUAGCAGUGGGGAGAGAGCUGGGAGGAUCAAAGAGAGAAUGAUAUUUAAUUAUAAGACUAUAGCCCAUGCCAGCCCUGCCCCAGCUGAAGGCACCUGUGAGGUGGAAAGCAGCUGGGAGCCCACACCUCUCAGAGGGACCAAGAGAAAGGCAAAAGGAGAUCCUAAAGGUGACAAGGUGAAGGUGAAGGAUGAGCCACAGAGUAGAUCGGCACAGUUGUCUGCUAACCCUGCUCCUCCAAAACCAGAACCCAGGCCUAAAAAGUCUGCUGUAAAGAAAGGAGAGAAGUUGCCCAAAGGGAGAAAGGGGAAAGCAGAUGGUGGCAAGGAUGGGAGCAAUGCUGCAAAGAACCUAGAUGCUUCCACAGUCCAGUCACAGAAAGCAGAACACACUGGGAAUACCAAGUGAAGUGUACGUUUUUGAUAGCUCUGUGCUUCUAGUGCUCUGUGCUACUGUUUCAAAUACUAUUUUUCUUCAGUCAGGUUUUAUGAAAACGUAGAAUUUGGUUUUUUCUUUCAAACUGAUGUUGUUAGCAUAUAAGACACAUUGUUGUUGUCUUUUGUGAAAGGUGUAAAUACCAUUAAUACAAUGUCUCAGAAGCCAGAUUGAAAUGG